UUUUCAUCUUAGCCCUUUCAUUUAGUGAAGUUUGAUAUUUUCUAGGAGAUAAGCUAUAUUUUUAAAAAAAUUACAAUUAUGAUAGAAAAUAUGAUUUAAAUUUUGUCCUUGAAUGUUUUUGUUAAUAACUGUGUAUUGCCCAUAAAUUCAGUUAAUAUGAAAUAGAGGGAGUAUCAAACGAUGUUCUGAAUGCCAGUUGGAGAGGAUUUUAAUGGAUCAAUUACUAUGUUUUAACUAAUGUUUUUAGAAAUUUAAGUAAAUCUUGACGAUGAUAUACUACUUAUCACUAUAACAAAAAUAAACUUUAGCCAAUAUAAAUAUGUUGUUAAUAAAGAAUGUUAAAAUAUUUAUCUGCCUUAGUUAAUUUUCAUCAGAUCCAAUGUUGCUAUAAGUUUGUAAUUGUCACUAGUAAUUGCUAAAAGUUUGUAACUGGCAAUGCCUUAAAGUUUUGUUGGCUAUGCUUCCAGGUAGCAGACGAAAUUCAUUCUUCAAUUAAUGCAACAGUAAAUUGAAGAAUAUAUGUAUACUGUAUGCACACACAUAUAUAUAAAUCCAAAUCUAUAUAUUACUGCAUAAAAAAAAUAUAUUUGCAUAGUUUUUAGGCUGCUGCACCAUGAAUAAAUUCUUCAAAACCUCUAAUAUUGCACUAAGGUUCUUUAAUGGAUCAGUCCAGUUACCCGCACCUACUCAUAGGGUCCGGCAACUGUGCCAACUUGCUGGGAGUAUUGAAUCAACCGAUGAGUCUCGAAAAUUAUUGGAGGGUGUUGUUACUAGUCCAGCAAAUUAUGUUCCAUUGACACCUAUAAGUUAUUUGGAGAGAGCAGCAGAUGUUUUUGGCGAUAGAACUUCGGUUGUGUUUGGGUCUAGUGUGAAGUAUACUUGGGAAGAGACACAUUCUAGGUGUCUAAAACUUGCCUCUGCUUUAAUUCAGCUUGGAAUUUCGCGGGGAGAUGUGGUUGCAACUCUGGCUCCGAAUGUACCAGCAAUGCAGGAGUUGCAUUUUGCAGUACCAAUGGCUGGAGCUGUUCUAUGUACGUUAAAUACUCGUCUUGAUUCAUCAAUGGUGGCUUACUUGCUCAAACAUUCUGAAACCAAGAUGAUAUUUGUUGAUCAACAAUUCCUCCAAAUUGCUCAACAAGCACUUUCUCUUCUUUCAAAAGACAAAACAAUUAAACCACCAAUUCUUAUAUUAAUCCCCGAAUCUAACGAUUCAUCUCCUCCUGUAUCUAACAUUCACGAAUACGAAAAUCUUUUGUCAAGUGGGAGUAGCAAUUUUACAAUAAGAUGGCCAAAAAGUGAAAUUGAUCCUAUCAGUAUCAAUUAUACUUCCGGUACAACAUCCUCGCCCAAAGGGGUCGUGUACAAUCACAGAGGCGCAUAUCUCAAUUCAAUUUCUGCUUUCCUAUGUCAUGGCAUGGCUCUGAUGCCAACGUACCUUUGGACACUUCCAAUGUUUCACUGCAAUGGAUGGUGCAUGAAUUGGGGAGUGGCUGCACUUGGUGGCACAAAUGUUUGCCUUAGACAUGUCUCAGCGAAAGAUAUAUUUGAAAGUAUUUCUGUCAACAAGGUCACACAUAUGAGUGCAGCACCAAUUGUCUUGAGUAUGAUGGCAAAUGCUUCACCAAAUGACAGGAAGCCACUUCUCCAUAAGGUCGAAAUAAUGACAGGCGGAUCACCACCGCCUCCACAAAUUCUUUCCAAAAUGGAGCAACUCGGAUUUGGAGUGUCCCAUGGAUAUGGACUAACAGAAACUUAUAGUGGUGCUACGACUUGCUUGUGGAAGCCUGAGUGGGAUUCUUUGCCCCUGGAGGAACGAGCAGCGCUUAAAUCAAGACAAGGGGUAAAAGUUCUUUGUAUAGAAAGAGUUGACGUUAGAGACCCGGAGACCAUGGAAAAUGUGCCAGCUGAUGGAAAGAGCAUUGGUGAGAUUGUGUGCAGAGGAAAUACUGUGAUGAGUGGAUAUUUGAAAGAUGUUAAAGCAACCGAAGAAGCUUUUAAAGGCGGAUGGUUUCAUACUGGUGAUGUUGCAGUGAAACAUCCAGAUGGACAUAUAGAAAUUAAGGAUCGGCUGAAAGAUAUUAUAAUAUCUGGAGGUGAAAACAUAAGCACACUCGAAGUGGAAGGAGUAUUACAUAGUCAUCCUGCCGUUGUUGAGGCAGCAGUAGUCGCACGACCAGAUGAUCAUUGGGGACAAACACCUUGUGCAUUUGUGAAGCUGAAAGAAGGAUCCGAAGAAAUAACUUCAGAUGAAAUAAUCAAAUAUUGUAGGGAUCAUUUGCCACAUUACAUGGUGCCUCGAGCAGUCGUUUUUCAAGAUUUACCAACAACUUCAACUGGCAAGGUACAAAAAUUCAUCUUGAGAGAGAAAGCAAAAGCUUUGGCCAGUCUAUUCAACACUGACAGAAAAGUGUAGUAUGUUGUUGGCAUAAAAAUCCUCAAUACUCCACAAGUACUUAAAAUAAGUCAAUUCAAACAUGCUCUAAAAGCAAAUAUAUUAUAUUUCAAACGAUAUAUAUGUAUGAACCAUUAGUUUGCAUUGGUUGCGAAAUAUUGAUUUCUUCUGUGUUCGGUUA